AUGACGAAGUGGUCGAUGGUUAAGAGAAUCCCCAUCUAUGGAGGUUCAUUCAUUUCUAUGAAACAUAUGGUGUUAGCCUCUACAGCUGAUUUGAGCUGGAGCUACACAUUCUCCGCGAUGCAUUCUUUGAUAAACACAGGAGAAGAAGACGAAGAAGACCUACUGAAGAAGACUGUGAACCAUAGCGAAAGUAGUUCGAAGAUCAUCAACAAAAUCGAUUAUACAAAUCUUGUUGAGAAGUAUACAAGAGAUGGAAAUCUAUCAGCGGCAUACGACUUGUUGCAGUCCUUACAAGAGAAGAACAUUUGCUUGCCAAUUCCUGUUUUCAAGAACCUUCUUGCAGCAGCAGGUGAACAAAACGAUACAAAGCUCUCUUGCAGAACUUUCAGAGAGCUAUUGGUCUCCGCAUGUAAUCCCUUGACUUCAGAUUGUUAUCUCAACCUCGCUAGAGCCUUCAUCAACACCGAUGAUUGCACGCACUUGUCGAGUCUUCUCAAAGAAGUAUCAGAGUCUUCUCUUCCGUGUAGGUUGAUAGUAAUAAACAGAACCAUCCUCGCAUUUGCCGAGUCUCGACAGGUCAACAAGGUUCUCAUGAUACUUGACCAGAUGAGAGAGUGGGAAUGUAAACCAGACGUGAUCACAUACAACUCGGUUUUGGAUAUCUUAGGCCGAGCUGGCCUCGUGAACGAGAUGCUCGCGUUAUUGUCAACAAUGAAGGAAGAUUGCGAUGUGUCUCUAAACAUCAUCACGUACAACACGGUGUUGAACGGGAUGAGGAAAGCUUGUAGGUUCGGUAUGUGUUUGGUUUUGUACAACGAGAUGGUGCAGUGUGGAAUUGAACCGGAUUUGCUUAGCUAUACAGCAGUGAUAGACAGUUUGGGUCGGUCAGGGAACGUGAAGGAAUCUUUGAGGCUUUUCGAGGAGAUGAAACAGAGACAGAUUCGACCAUCGGUUUAUGUCUACAGAGCAUUGAUCGAUAGUCUGAAGAAGUCUGGAAAUUUUCUGAGGGCAUUGCAGAUUUCAGAUGAGUUGAAGAACACUUCUUCAGUAGAUUUGGCAGGUCCACAAGAUUUCAAGAAACACUUGAGACCACACAGACGCUGA